GAAAAGAAUUUGUAAAGUCAGUCGGUAUUCAUCGUUCCUUAAAACCGGUCAUUCAUUAAAUAAUCGAUCUGUACAUCCGUGAUUAAUUCUUAAUUGCGCAUACGUACGAAUAAUAAUAAUAAUAAUAAUAAUAAUAAUAAUAAUUCGAUAUUCUGUUAGAUUAUUUGAUAUAUCCGUUUUUCGUAUUUCAGAAAAAUUGAAUAAAAUUUUAUUGAGAAAAAGAAGGAAAAGAAAGUAAGAAAAGUUUAAUAAAAUAAAAAGAACUUUUUUUUUUCUUUAAAAGAAAAAAAAAUCAUAUAGCGUUUGAAAUCAUUCGAAAAUUGUUUUAAAACUCACAAUGAACGUUAUCGCAGUGACUAAUUACGACAAGAAGCGUCUGUAUAUAUUUUUUUUCUCCUAAAGGAUGUAACAGGAUAAAAAUUAAAAGAAUCAUAAUUGAGCACGUGAAUGUAGAUAUGCAAGGAUAUUCGUGUCUCGUGGAAGAAAGAGGAAAAGAAAAAAGAUAAAGGAAAAAAAAAUAAAAAAAAAAAAGAAAAGAGAAUAAAUAAAAAAGCAAGAUGGCUUGUAAAUUCGAUAAGAAUUUUUUCGAACGCGCAUUGCGUUUAAGUUACAACGACGAAACUAUCGAGAUUAUUGAUUACGACGUUAAGAAUUGUUGCGCGAAAGGUACGAAUUUUCUAAGUGAUUUGUAUCGUUUGACGUUUAAAUUGAAACGAUCGACAAAAACAAAUGAUAAGAAAUAUAGCGUUGUAAUUAAAUGCGAACCAACGAUGGACCUAUUGGCAUUAGAAAUUUAUUCACGACAAAAUUUAUUCGAGACUGAAUUAAGAAUUUAUACGGACGUAUUGAAAGAAAUCGAAAGAAUAAUCUGCCAAAGGAUUGGACCUAAAUUAUUGUACAGUUCGAAGGAUUCGAAGAUUCUCAUUAUGGAGGAUCUUAACAUUGAAGGAUAUAAAAUAAUGGAUCAACAAAAGGGAUUAUCGUUGCUUCAUUGUCUUUUGGUAAUUUACAAAAUGGCCGCUUUACAUGCCGGCUCAGUUGCAUUUUCCGAGAAGAAUCCAGAAUUGGCGAAGUCCUUCAAUGGUGGUAUACUCGUUAAUACAUUGGAUAGUUUUUUAAAACUAUCCGAAAUUAGUAUAAUUAACAUGUGUCGCGAGAUACGCGAUAGUUGGUCGUACGAUUUUCACGAGUACGCAGACAAAUUGGAAAGAUUUGCCGAAAUAAUUAAGAGGAGAGAGGACACAGCCUAUAUUUAUCAAUACGAAACGGAUGAAUUUUGCGUUAUCAAUCACGGUGACUGUUGGAUCAAUAACAUCAUGUUCAAGGACAACGAGUCAGGCGAGCCCAACGAUGUUUUAUUGGUGGAUUAUCAAAUGUCGGUUUAUUCGUCGCCUGCCAUCGAUUUGCUCUACUUUUUAAAUAUUUGUCCAGAAAAUAAUUUGAAAUACGAGAAGGAGGAUUAUUUUUUGAAAAUAUACAUAAGAACAUUGGGAAAUAUAAUGAAGACAAUUGGUUGUAUCACCAAACCACCUACUAUGGAAGAUUUAAAACGAUCGAUGUACAAGAGACGUUUGUACGCGAUUUUUGCUGGAAUUGUAUUAUAUCCACGAAUAGUAUCAGACGAAUCUGAGACUUUUGAUGAGAUAUUAAGUAGGUCAGAUGAGAAUACUAAGUUAAACGUUUUAAAAAAAGAAGAGGCAAUCGUGUCAGUGCGUAAAUGUAUCAAACAUAUGAAUCAACAGUGUUAUUUCGAUUGAAUUAUUUUAUAUUAUGUAAGAUAAUUAAUUAAUUAAUUAAUUAAUUAAUUAAUUAAUCAUAAUAAAAAUAAUAAGAUUUGUCAUUGCAAUAAAUUAAUAAUUAAUCGGAAAUAAUAAUAAUAAUAAUAAUAAUAAUAAUAAUAAUAAUAAUAAUAAUAAUGAUGAUGAUGAUGAUGAAGAUGAUGAUGAUAAUUUUAAUAAUAAGAUUUGUUUCAUAAAAGUGUCAUUAUAAUAAGUUAAUAAUUAAU